UUUUAAAAUCACGACGGUCGGCUGGUGUCGGUCGGGCUGUCGGCGUUCAUUCGGCCAAUGGCCACCGGUCAUAAGGUGAUUAAUGGCCGACGAGAAAGCCGUUUUUAAACCUCGAAAAAAAUGUGUUCAAAGUUUUCAACAGUUGAAGAUAAUCACUUGCUGAAGUUGUUAAAAGAUCAUCCAGAAAUUUAUGAUAAAGAUUUAAAAAUUUACAGAGACAAAAGUGUGAAAGCAGUUGUUUGGAGCGAAAUAGCUAGAACUUUGGGACGAUCAGUAGCUGACUGUAAAGGAAGAUGGAAGAAUGUUCGUGACUAUUAUAAAAAAAGACGUAGCGAAGUUAUUAAGGACGAGGGCUUCACAUCUGCAUCUUUCGACAGUUUCAAACAAAGGUUCAAAAAUUUAUCAUUUCUGGAAGAAAUCAUCUUGAGGGAGACUCAGCGUGAUUCAGGAAUCUAUGGUAUUGAGAAUGUUGAACAAGAAGACCUUCUGCUUGAAGAAGAUCCGUUGUGUUUAAUAAAAGUGGAAAACGAUACUGAGUUCCUGGAAACUAGUAACUCUGUUAAUUCUGAGCCGAACCAAAAUACCAAUGAGGACCAAGUGAUUAGCCACGAACAAAAUAAAGAUGUCCAGAAUAUAAGAAAAAAGAGGCGAAGAAACAACGAAAGCCUGAAUGAUGGUUCGCCAACGGUCUCCCCAGACCCAGCCACCUCUAUGUUUUUUGAAAGUAUAGCUAUGACAGUCAGUAAAUUCUCCCCACACCUACGAGCAGAAGCUAAAAUCGCAGUCUUGAAGAUUGUUUCGAAACUCGAAAUGCAGAAUUUGGAAGAGGAAGUGGAAGAUUCUGGAUUGAAGUUUGAUAAGAGGGAAAUGCAGGUUAAUUCCCCAAUUACAGAUAUGUCUGUGUCAACCUGUUUCUCUCCAAACUCUGGCCCGAACGAAGAUUUCGAAGAUUCUGUUUUCGAAUGAACAGAUUUCAUUUUUGUCAUCGGUGUCUUCUGAAAAUGAUGUAAACAUCAUGAAACGAAUGAUAGGCAUUCUGCGCAUCAGUCAGUAUUAUGAUUUGCUAUCAAAAAUGGUUCACACAAGAUGAUGAUGAUGAUGAAAUGAGAACUAUCAAAUUGUACGUUGCAAAUUUUGAAAUACUGUGUGGGAAUUGAAGAUUUCACAUGAAAAUUUGGAUUCUUUGAAUCAGAAAAGGAUCUGAAAAACACGAGAGGUUUUGUAGAUCCGACUAUGUAUUUGUUAUGCGAUCAAUAAAAAAUAAAUUAUAACAA